AUGAACAAAAAUAAGCUGAUGGAUUUUGUAAAGAGAAAACGUUCUGACUUAGUCAAGAAAGAAAGUAGCUUUAAUAUUAAAGAUUUACUUUCAAGAUUAGACAUUGAUAUAAACUGUAGAAACUCAGAUGGGAUGGCCCCUUUACAUGUUUAUGCAGAGACGAACAACAUACCUUUAGGGGCACUUUUGAUAAGUGAAGGAGUAGAUAUUAAUGUCAAAACAACAGGGCCUAUUAACUCAGGAAUGGCACCACUACAUUUAAGCGCUAUAGGAGGCCAUAAACAUUUUGUUGAACUUUUGUUGAAAUAUAAAGCAAAUAUCAAUGUGCAGGAUAAUUUUCGACAUAAAACAGCUUUACAUUUCUGUGUUAAUUUUGAACAUGUAGAAAUAGCUCAUAUUUUGUUGGAUGCUGGCGCUGAUAUAAAUCUGAGAGACGGGAGUGGUGAGACAGCUUUACAUAUUGCUGCUAGGAAUGGAAGUGAGAAACUCGUCAAGUUGCUUUUAGAAAGAGGUGCGGAUAUCAAUAACACUGACCAUCUUGGUAAAACGGCGUUACAUUGCUCGGCAGGUUGUGCUGAAAACAACAUUAUCAUGUUAUUACUGGAAGCUGGUGCCUCGGCAAACAUCAGAGACAAUGGUGGUCGAACAGCUUUACUAAAUGCUACCAUGUACGGGUGUACAGAAAAAAUUAUGACGCUACUAAAAUUUACAGACGAUCUUGACGCUGGUGACGAGAAUAACAAUACAGCUUUACACUACAGCUCCCAGCAUGGACUUACAGAAGUCGUGAAGACGUUACUGGAAGCCGGAGCUAAUGUUGACUCGAGGAGCAGGUUCGGAAGAACCCCAUUGUUCUGCAGUGUAUUGAGUAAAAUUAUCGACGUCAUGAAAGAGCUUAUCCAACAUGGCGCUAACCUUGGCAUUGAAGACGAUUCAGGUCAUACAGUCUUGGAUGAAGCCAUUAUGUAUUCAAAAGAUGAAGCUAUUGCAGUUCUAAGACAACAUGGCGCUAAGUCUUCAGAAGAAAAUAAAGUGAAAAUGGAGGCAGCUUUGGACUCUUCGAAAAGUAAAAUGGAGUUUGAAAACGUGAUAGCUCUAGCUGGUACAUCAUUUGCAAGUGGUAAUACUACCCAAAGCAUUGAUACUGCACCAUCUAUGAAUACAACACCAAAAGCUUCUUCCACUACUCCACAUGCAAGUGAUGAUACUACCCCAAGUAGUGAAACUGCACAAUGUAUGGAUACAAUACCAACAGCUUGUUUUAUUACACCAGUUUCAAGUGUUGAAGCUACAUUAAAUAAUGUUCAAAGUGUUAAUUCUACCACAACUACUGAAACUUCACCAUAUUUGUAUACAACACCAACAAUGUGUACCACAACAACAGCAGUUGCUACUACUAAAACCACACAGCUAAUCACCACCUCCACAACUACAACAACAACCCUUACCGAAACUACACAAUUAAAGAAGUACCGUAAGUCAACAAAUAAAAUGUAUAAAAGCCUUCAAACACACAACUUAAAACAAAUACAUCAAAAACACACCUUAAAACAAACAAAACUUGACAAGUUUGAAAAGAAUCGUCAGACAUUCCCUGAAAAACAUGAGAAGAUGUUGGAUUACUCGAACUAUGGUCAAACUGAUUCACUCCGACUUAGUCAAACAAAAGAUUUGAUGAUCGAACAAGAAAAGACCAGCAUCGAAAGCACCACCAAAAACAGAAGGAAAAAGAACAAAAAGAAAAUUGUUGGUAAAAUGAUUACACCCCGCUCUACUGAAGACAUAAAUAAUAAAAUAAAGCGUCUGAAAAACAAAUAUUCUAUUAUGAAAACUAAGCCCGGCGGAUAUAAACGUAUAUCAAGUGGUUCAGCCGAUGCU